CCACGAUUCGGUAUCCAGAUCCAUAUUGGCGCCUCGAGGGCUUCCGGACUGAAUCAGGAGCUAUCUAGCUAACCCUCAUACACCUCGGUGUGAUGCCAGUCUCACUAGCCAGCUCCCGUGCGCUCUUCCCCCUGCGCGUCAAAUACGCCAAAGUUACCCUUUUCAUCCCGGUACAGGCCUCAACUCAGUUAUCGGAGCUGAAGGCGCAUGUGCUCCAGGCCCUCAUUGCAACAAGGCAAUCCCCGCCGCAAGGCGUUGCUGACACGUUCAUGGAUCUCGACGCGGUGAAUGAUCUGGGGUUCUUCCAUGGUGCUGAAUCAUCCUCAGCAACGUCCGCCACUCUUUCUGCCGUGGGUGCUGAUGCGUCUGCGACAGGGGCAGUAGCAGUUCAUACAGGUGCAGGCGAGAUGACAUUCGAGAACGUUGAGGAGAGGACGGGGAAACCGGACACGGUCGGACAAGUGGGAUGGAAAGAUGAGGUGAACAAUGUUACGUAUCUUGGAUUUAAAUAUCGCGGUGACAAAACAGUCUCCCAGCCACACGUGCAGAUUCCGUCGCUCAUGGACGACGAGGACGAGGAGGACGAAGGGGAAGAGCUGGGGGAUGACAUUCCAAUCCCGAAGUUCAAUGAGGCUGGGGAAGAGGUGGGGUAGCCACAUAUUAGAUGGGAAGACCUCAUGCCACUUUGGCGCGGGUCUCCACAGCACUACAGUAGUUGCGCCGGUCAAUGCACCAUCA